CUUCUUGACUUCAAACAGAAUUUGAUAUUUGUUUUUUAUUAUUAUAUUAGAAGGGGAAAAUUGAAUGUCAGGUUAUAAGAAGAUCAAAAGAUUCAAUUAAACUGUAAUUUAUCUUGAAAGGAAAACAAAUAAAGUCAUUGCGGUGUUUGUUUUUACUAAAUAAUGAAAUAUUAAUCAAGGAAAAUCUAGCAACCUUAAUCAAAGCAAAUAAAUAACCGAGCGAACGAUACUGUACUGCACAGUUCCCGUUAAGUUGUUAAACCGUGCACGAUGGAGUUCCUGGCCGCCCAAGACCCCUUCGAGGCCAUGCCGUUCUUGAAGAAAGUUUUGUCCGCCACAGGGCUAGGUUGGCCCCGGCGUAACUUGCUAAAAUUUGCGCUAACGCUGCUGUUGCCGUGGCUGGUCAUUUUGGUGCCCAUGUUGAGUUACAGGUUCGGAAACCAGCUGGACCUGAUGAUUCGUGGCUAUUCGGAGUUGCUGAUGCUGUUCAACAUCGAGAUUCGAGUGCUGAUUUUUGCGUGGAAGCAGGCCGAGUUUGAGGAUUUUCUCGCCAUUGUGCAGGGCGUGUUUGAUAAAGUUCGUUCUGCUGGUGCUAAGUCGCAAGAGUUCAAAAUGGUGACGGUCGCUAACAAAGCCAUCGAUAAAGCCGCCAAAGCCUAUAUGAUCUAUCCGCUGAUAAUAACGGUGGUCUUUCUAGUGCUGCCAUUGCUUCAAACAACUGCAAUUUACGUCAUGAAUCGACAGAAUGGAACCGUUGAGCAGGAUUUUAUUACAAUGACUGAAAUUCACUAUCUUUACGAGUUAGAUAUUCGUCGAAACAUGUUUCACUAUUUGAUAUAUUAUGUUUGUGCAUUCCCAAGCCAUUGUAUUCUUGGCUUCAGAGUGUCUUUAUCUGGAAUUGUAGCUUCUGGUAGUAUUCAGAGCAUCAAUUUAAUUUUCGAUUUAGUUUCGCACAAACUAGAAAAGAUUCAUGAAUUCUCUGGCAAAGAGUUGCGUGAUCAAUUUUCCGAAAUCAUCAAUAUGCACGCUGACGGAUUAAGCUGCAUUCGUAUUUUCGAGAGAUUGUCAAAUGUUGCAGUUCUAGUGCAGAUGAUUGACACUGCACUCAUUUGGAUUUGUUUGAUUUUGUGUGUCACUAAUAAUCCAACUAAAAACUCCUUGACUUUGGUUUGUCUUUUGAUUGUUAUAUCUUCUGAAACGUAUGCAUUCUGCAAAUUGGGCAGUGAGCUUACAGAAAAGAGCAGCAUCGUCGGGUGGUCAGCAUUCGAGGCCCAGUGGAUCGAGCUUCCGGUGGACAUCCAAAAGGGUCUAUCACUGAUGAUCAGACGGUCCCAAAAGUGGGAAGGACUCACGGCAGCUCGCUUCUGUCCCUUAAGUAUCGAACAGUUUGUCAACUUCGUUUUUUUUGGUGCGAUGGUGCAAACGAGUUACUCGGUUUUUGUGGUGCUGAAGGAACGGCUACAGGGAAUGGUCUAAGUUUACUUGAUAAAACGAUACAUUUAAUUUUUAAAUGUCUAAACUGAAACUUUGACUUGAAUCAUUUAGUAAUGGCAAAUCUUGU